AUGCAGACCAUGAUGGUGAAGGCGGAGGUCUUUCGGCUGGAGGCGUCCUUCGGCUCCCAGUCGAUCAAGGUCUACUAUGAAGAUGAUGAACGACGCAGAGCAAUAGAAGCGGAGGAAAGAAGGGAAAGGGAGAAGGAGGAAGAAGAAAGAAUCAGAGCUGCACUAGAAGCUGAGAAGAGAAAGGAGCGAGAAAGGGAAGAGGAGGAAAGAAUGGAAGCAGCGCUUGAAGCUGAGAGAAGAAAAACAAGAGAAAGGGAAGAGGAGGAAAGAAUCAAAGCAGCUAUAGAAGCAGAUAAAAAGAAGGAAAGAGAAAGGGAACAACAGGAGAGAGCCAAAGCAGCAAUAGAGGCAGAGAAGAGGAAGGACAGAAGAGAAGAAGAAGAGGACAGGUGUCAAUCUUCCGACGCUGAGAAGAAGACAGAGGAUGACGAGGCUAAGGAAAGAUCUGAAAGAGCUCAAGAGACUAAGAGAAAGGAAAGAGAGAAGGAUGAGGAGGAUCGCCUGGCGAUGGAGGUGCAGCUGCUGCUCGAACCGCCCAGCUCACUGCCGCAGGUCCUGCAAGAACUGGAGGCCCGCAUCCAAUCGGCUUUAGCACUGGGCACGAAGAAAGAGGCGGCACUUGGCUCCCCGGCGGACCUCGAAGAUCGCGGCGCUGGCGCUGGCAUUGCUGAAAGCGUGGCUCAGGAGGUUUCCUUCAAUUUUCGCACUGAAGCGCCGGCGCUUCCCAGUGUGCCGGCAGCGCCGGUUGCGGCGCUGGCGUCCCCACGGGAGCCACAGGGAAGGAAGGCGCGCGCCGUGCAACAGCGGUCCCCUUCGCCCGGUCCGCGGGCGCCGGCGGCGGCGCCACCCAAGGUGCCGAUCCUUUCCGAGGAGAUUUCAUCCCCACGGGCUGCAUCCCCACGCUCCCCACGGUCCCCAUUGGGGCCUCGCUUUGGUCUGGAGCAGUACGAACCCUAUGAACGCUUCAUCAACCAUCAGCUGGCUUUGUUGGACGAAGAGCUGGCUUUGUUGGACGAAGAGCUGCGUAGCGUCCACGCCAAGGAGCCCUACGUGCAGGAGCAGCUCCAAGCGCUGGAGGUGCAGCUGCGCGCGGUGAAGUUGGGAUGGACACCUCCAGAGGACCUACAGAGGAACAGCGAGCUCAGGAAAGCCCAGGAAGAAAACGAACGAAGUGAGAUGCGAUGGAGAAACUUCCAGGCCACUAAGAUUCAGUGCUUGGUGCGCAAGCGACAAGCCCGAAAGAAAGUCAUGGCAGUCAGGAAGAAGGAGGAGGCGCGGGUGCAGCAAAUGAGCGUGGCUGCCAUGCGUCAGCGCAUGGCGGAGCAGCACCACAAAUGUGUCAACGUCGUCACUCUGAGGUUGCAGGCGCGUUGGCGCGGCAAGGUGGUGAGACGUUGGUUCCUCCAACAGCCAGAGGAGCGCAAGCAGUUGGAAGAGCGGCAGCGACAGCAGGAGGAGGCGCGAAGCAAGCAGCUCAGCAUCGAGGCCACCCGUAAGAUGCUGAAGGACCGGGAGACGCAACGCUUGACGUUCCAUGCCGUGAAGCUGCAAGCUUGGUGGCGCGGCCGCAUGACACGUCAACGCUACCGAGCUGUGCAAGAGGAACGGCGACGCUUGCAGCGACAGCAGCGACGAUUGCAAGAGGUGUCUAUCACUUCGAAACGGCUGCAAGACGUGGAGCUUCAGCAAAGGACACGAGCGGCGCAGAAGAUUCAGG